UCGUUCAGUCAGUUGUCGACUUCGUCGUCAGGCGAUUGCCCGACCCCGGCGUGAUGGUGAGUUUUCAAAUUGUGCAAGUGUUUACUAAAUUUCAUUAAAAAAAAAAGAAAGAAAAAAAAUCUUAGCAGAAAUUAUUAAAAUGGGGUUUCUAUUACUUUGCCUAUUGGCCACUGUGAGCCUAGGCCGAUGUCUCGAUCAUCUUCCAACUCGGGAAGAAAUUGAAAUUUCCAUAAAUCGAACAAUUCAAGAAGUGGAAAAAAAAAUUCAAGCCGAUCCCAGUUUACCAAAACUCUCACGAAAAGAUAUUGUCGAUAUUCUUCAAAAUAUCACAACAAAAGAUUUGAUAUCCGACUAUAAAAUUCUUGAUAAAACUAGAAAUGAUUAUCAACGAGCUUUAAUGGUUGUUCUACCAUAUAAUUCAAAUGGUGCCGAGGAGCAUUUAAAAGAUCUUUACACAAGACCGCCAAUAAUUCAAAUGCUUUCAGAUGACGAUGUUUUUCAUGAACAAGAAAGGAAUCGAAUUUCAAGUGAUGAGAAUUCUUUGAAAAAACAAGUUUCAGAUAAUUUUAUACCAACUUUCCCCACUGCUGUUGGCUCAAUUCAUGAAUCACCACUGAAUAACCAACAGUACAGUGUUAAUAAUAAAGAGAAAGUAGAUUCAAAAUUGGAAGACUCUAAACCGGAGAAAUUCAGUUUCGAUUUGGAGAAAUUGAGCGAAAUUUUGACAACUACCAAAAGAUCAACCCACACCUGGAGACCGGUUCCUAAAGAUUCACAUUCACCUCAAAAUGUUACUUCUGUAUUUAAUUCGGUCCACAAUUCUAAUUCAAUUACAACAGAGGCGCCAAUUUCAAAAUCAACUCAACAUAUUUUGUCCUUCGAUCAAUGGCAUUAUCAUCCUCCUCCUACAACUUCCAAACCUCAAUCUUCAAUAAUAACAACAACAACAACAACAACACCUGAACCUACAUCAUCCAAACCUCAAUUUCAAUCUCAAACAACACAAAAAUAUCAAUAUCCUCCAAAGGAAGAAUACUUUCUCCCAACUAUUAAGAGUUCACCCGAGAUUAAAUACGAUUAUCAUCAAAAAGAAGAAAACACAAAUGCUUUCAAAUUUUUUGAAUCAGAAGCAAUGACUUUACCAACAACUAAAACAGAACAAACUGCCGCAGUUUUCGUAACACCGAUGAAAAUCCAAAAUUCCCAAAAAUUGUCAAAAGAAUCUAGUCCAAUUUCAACAAUGAGACCAGAUAUCGAGGAUCUUUUAAAAUCAAUUGGUCUCCGACCAAUGAAAAAUCCCAAUGAUUUGGUAUUUGACAAAAAAGAAACAGAAACAAAAUUUCAAAUUCCAGACUCGAAUAAUGUCAUUUACAAUCCGACAUUUGGAUUAACAACUGCAGGUGUCGAUACAGUUUCUAUUGCUGAUCAAAAUACAUUCGAUAAUUCUGAUAAAAUUCAAAAAGGUGUUAAUAAUCUAACACCAGCGGUGCAACAACUUUUUAAAAAAUUUGGUUUGCCGACAAAUUUAGAUUUUCAAUCACUAACAACAACCACUACAACAACAACACCAACAACAACAAUGAAACCCACACAGGCUAGUUAUUAUUCCUACACAAAUUUUAAACCUCUGUCAAAUUCAUCUGUACGCAAUAAAGAGAUGAGGGAUUUUUUGGCAAAAUUUGGUUUGGGUGAAGCACGAAAUCAAAGGGCAAUGAGACAGAAUACAAGAGAAGUGCCCUCUUUAAUUGAAGCUGUACCAAUGAAUAUGAAAAAAAUAUUGGAAAAUAUAGGUCUCAUUAGACCAAGAGCAAGAAUUGAUGAUGACAUAAAACAAGUGUCACGUCAAUCAACAACAACAAUUCCUUCAAAAUUACAUGUCUUUAAACCUCAGGAAUCGUCGGUAUUCAAUGAUCAACAGAGAGCAAAAAUUAAUGAGUUAUUGAAUACAGUGAAAAAAGUACAAAAAGGAAAGGCUACUAUUGAUGAUGUUCAAAAAGUUGCCGAUGAGGUACUUGAAUCUACAAAAUCACUUCCAGAAGGACCAGAUCCAGUGAGUUUAGAAGAAAUUCUCAAACUUUACAAGGAAGAUUUAAAGAAUGAAGUAAAAAGACAGCAGACUAAUGAAAAAGAAGUGAAUACUAAUCGAGACGAAAUACUAGUUAAAAAAGAAAACAUUGUCAAAAAAGAAGUUGCCAAUGAAGAAAAAGUUGUUGGAGAAGAAAAGUAUACUAAUGCAAAAGAAAUUAUUAUCGAAACAAAUAUUACGAAACAGAAUGAUAAUACAACAAAUACAAAUCUCAAUGAAGAAAGUAGUAAAGAAAAAGAAAAUAAUAAAGAACAAGAAUUUAAAAUUGGAGACAAAGGAAAAAAAGAAAAUGAUGACAUAAAGGAAACAGCAACAGAUGACCAAAAAUUAAGCUUCUCUUCAGCUGCCUCUAGUGACUCUCAGGCGGCUGCACAAGAUAUUGUUUACACUUCAGUGCCAACAACAACUACAAGUUCAACGACAGCAGCUAAAGGAUCGUUCUUCGAAUCGUUUGAUUUUGAAACUGCUCUAAAAAAUGCAAAUGUUGAAGAAACAAAAAAUUCUAAUGCUAAUAUUGCUGCACUUGAGGAAUCAUUUGGAGGGACAACACAAAAGCCUGAUCCAGUUUUACCAACAAGACGAAGAACUGGUCUCUAUUUUCUGGUAGAUUGGAAUACAUUUUUGGAAGUAGGAGAUGAUGAAAAGGAGAAGGUGAACUUAAGAUUUCAACCGAGAGCUGGUGAUAGAACUCGAUUCCUCAAAGUAACCGUGCCGUAAAUUCUUUUUAUAGAAUUAUUUAAAUAAUAUUCUUUAUUGUAGUUAUAAUUUAUUAGCUCCAAUUUAGAAACUGCUUUCGACGUACACCAAAAAUGGUGGUAUAUAUAUAUAAAUUUUAUCGCACACAAAGAUCCAGUAAAUUUAUAAAAACAAUUUUCUUUGCUAGUCAAAAUUGAAAUUUUUAGUAUUAAUUUUAAUUCUUUUAUUAAAAAAAAGAACUUAAAUAUAUACAUAUUUUAAUGAAAACAAAUAUAAAUUUGCUGGACUUGAUGUAAAGUUAAUUAAUUUAUUGUACAUUUCAAAUCAAGUUGUAUUAGUUAUAUAUUUUUACUAAUGAUAAAUUUUUAUGUUUAUUUAUGUUGAUAAGGUGAAAAAUUAUUUUUAAAUGUAUAAAUAUUAGGUAUUAAUAUUUUUAAUAUAUUUUAAAACAAAAAAACUAAUUUAAUUCUCCAAAAACAUGGUAUUGUGUAUAAUAAAAUUCAUGGAAUUGAAAAUACAGACAUAUUGCAUAUUGUUAAAUUAAUAUCAUCGUUAAUGAAAAAUAUUUUGGAAAACGAAAAAAAUUUGCAAAAUAAUAAUUUUAUUUUUAAAGUGUUUAAAAUAAACGAAAUAAAUAGUUAAAUAUUCCGAUAAAUAUAUCAGUAUUACAGAUUCACCAUGAAUAAUUUUUGUUUUCGUAUUUAAUAUUGAAGUGUGAAUAUAAAAUAAUUUAGAAAACCUUUUUUAUAUAUGAGAAAGUUUGUAUUCCUUUUGUGAUUGUUGAUAAUUUAAAUAUAUUUAUUAUUUUAUACUAACCAUUGCGAUAAUAAACAAGUUUAUGAUAUACAGGGUACGUUCAAAAAGUAUAUAGAAACUUGCAAAUAUCUCGAAAAGUACGAAUUUUCGUGAAAAAUGUUUAACAUAAAAGUUUGUUCCCAACAAAAAGUAUCUUGAAAAUUCGUACUUUUUGAGAUAUUUACAAGUUUCCAUACUUUUUGAAUACUCUGUAUAAAUAUAAAUAGCAAAAUUUUCCCUUAUUUGUUCCAUAACACCGUCCGACAAAAUUCAACUUUUUUGUUUCACACACGAAAAAAUCAAUGAUUUUCAGAAACUAGGACCAAAAAAAGAUACCCGUGUCUAACCGUUUUGCUAGAUCAGGUCAUUUUUUGCUUUUAGGGUUAAAAACAACCCUUAAAUGAAAGGUGAUAGGAAAUCUUGUACAAAAAAAUAAUUUUUUAUGAAACCUGGUAUCUCGGGGUUUUCCGGGUCGCUGAUAACGAAUAUGAUGUCAGAUUUUCAAAAUUCAAAAUGGCGGAUCCAAUAUGGCGGUCGAAAUUUAUAAAUAUUAAUUAUUUUUUAUAAAACUUGGUGUCUAGGGGUUUUUGGGGUCGCUGAUAAUAACAUAAUAAUAAUAACGUAAUAACAUUUAUAAAUUUUGACCACUAUUUAGGUCCGCCAUUUUGAAUUUUGAAAAGCCGACAUCAAAUUCGUAAUCAGCAACCCCAAAAACCUUCGGCCAGACACGGGUAUCUUUUUUUUGGUCCUAGUUUCUGAAAAUCAUUGAUUUUUUCGUGUAUGAAAAAUCGUGUCGGACGGUGUAAUAUCUCUAAAUUCUUAAAAUUUAAUAAUAGGUAAAUUUUUAUUAUUAAAUAUAAAUUUUGAAUUUUGAGUCCAGUUUUUUUCUGUGUCCUAAAGAGUCAAGUUUUUGAUGAAAUGCAUCGAUGUUAUAAAUAAAGAACUCUUUCCUGAAAUA